AUGAUUCAUGGAUCGUGUGGCACUAUUAACCGACAAUCACCGUGCAUGGUCGACGGCAAGUGUUCCAAACGGUAUCCACGAAAAUUGACGGCAGAGACCAUUACAGGCAACGAUGGUUAUCCAUUGUAUCGGCGUCGAUUGCACCAUGAUAAUGGUAGAACUAUCACAACUAAAGUAAAAGGAAACGUUUUCGUAGUUGACAACAGUUGGAUUGUUCCAUAUUCGCCACUUCUUUCCACAACAUUCAAAGCGCAUUGUAAUGUUGAGUAUUGCAAUUCGGUCAAGUCAAUAAAAUACAUUUGCAAAUAUGUCACGAAAGGGAGCGACAUGGCGGUAUUCGAGAACGGUCAGAUAGUAUAUUUCACAGCGUCGAAUGCUGCUCAACGUGCCGAAACACCUCCAGCGACAACACUGACCAAUUUCUUUGCGAUUUGUCAAAGCGAUCCGUUCGCACGAACUUUGCUUUACUCAGAAAUGCCACGUUAUUAUACUUGGAACGCGACAUCGAAGAAAAUUCAACGUCGGAAGCAAGGCGAUGCAGUUCCUGCUCUUGGUUGUAUUUACACAGUGCAUCCAAAGAAUGAUGAAUGUUUCUAUUUGCGGUUGUUGCUGGUACAUGUUCGAGGGCCAACAUCAUUUGAAUCACUACGAACUGUUAAUGGUAUCGUGUGCCCCACAUUUCGUGCAGCAUGUCAAGAGCUAAAUUUGCUUGAAAACGAUACUCAUUGGGAUACGACAAUCGCUGAAGCAAUUAUUUCUGCAUCUCCAAGUCAGAUACGCACAUUAUUUGCUAUCAUCAUUUCCACAUGCUUCCCAUCGAACCCACUUGACCUGUGGAACAAAUACAAAGAUAACAUGUCAGAAGAUAUUUUACAUCGAAUUCGCACUUUGCUCUUCAUCGAAGAUACGUAUGUGUUACCUCAUGUGCCGCAGUUUGUUAUGUUAUAUGAUCCAAAUGAACUAAUCCAAUCAGUUCAAACGAAUGUACCUCUGUUGAAUCUUAAGCAGAGGGAAGUCUAUGAUACACUGAUUAAUGCAAUUAAUGACGGAAAUGGCGGCUUAUUCUUUUUGGAUGCCCCCGGUGGAACUGGGAAGACAUUCCUCAUGUCAUUGAUUUUGGCCACUGCCGAGCUGCAUGACAAUAAAUCGUCAUCUUCCCAAGUUGAAGAAAUUUCGUCUGCCACAUCUUCUAAAAAAAUUCCGGAGGUCAAUCAAAAAGCCAGGGACAGGGCCCUAAUCAUGAAACUGCAACAACUCAAAUUGUAG